GUACACUUCACGUACAGUCAGAAUGCUUGUUUAUGCGUCAGUUGCAUCAAUGAAUGUUAAUUCUUUGACUUAAAAAAACGCUAUAAGGCCCUCACAAAAUUCCCAACUGUUUUCUUCUUUUUUUCUUUUCAUCGGAUAAACUUUAAACCAAAUGCGUUCCCUUUUAUACAAAAACGUUCAACAUAACAAGCUUGUCGUUGGUUUGUAAAAUAAAGUAUGAACACGUUCUAAAAAUGGGUUCAACAUCAACAAAAAUAAUUUGUCUGAUUGGAAUUGUGAUUUACACCCCCCCACCCCCACCCCCAAGUUCUCCGAUUUCCGAUUACCACAAAUGUAACGCGCAACUCCAUUUUCUCGAGGAGUCUGAUGUAGGCCGCUCCAUUUUAGCCCAGCACACAGUUACGGAGCGCGUCUCUGGCUUCGACUGGCCACCACAAGUUAUUAAAGUCAGUGUAGGGAUUUGUCUGACUCUUUUUUAACCACCCUAUUUAUUGUUUUUGUAAUAAUUAUUUAUUUUAGACGUAGAAUACGUUAGGAGGAGACAUUCGCACCAACGCUUGUAGUUAGCCGUCAAGCUAACCUAGCUGACUUCUAGCUUAUUUUUUUCUUCCCUUGACUGACUCCUCAUCCACAGAAUCUACAGUCGGAGAUUUUCAAAAUGAGUGCUGCCUCCUCCCAAAAAGUUAUCCUGAAAAGCACCACCAAAGUGUCUCUGAAUGAGCGCUUCACUAACAUGCUGAAGAACAAGCAACCCCCUGUGGUAAGCAUUCGAGCCACCAUGCAACAGCAGCAUUUGGCUAGUGCCCGCAACCGCCGGCUUGCCCAGCAGAUGGAGAACCGGCCCUCGGUGCAAGCUGCACUGAACCACAAGCAGCAGAGCCUGAAGCAGCGCCUGGGGAAGAGCAGCAUUCAAGCCAGGCUGGGUCGACCCAUGGGCACUCUGAUGCGCGGAGGACCAGGAGGCAGAGGUGGGAUUCGAGGAAUGAUGGCCAGAGGAGGCCUGAGAGGAGGAGGACGAGGAGGUUUAAUGGGAGGAGCCCUGUUUUCCCUCAGAGGGAGGCGGGGUUCUGCAGGAGGACCCAUGCGAGGCCGUAGCUCCGUCGGCCGAUUAGCAAUGCGCAGAGGAGGCCGGCAUCGUGGAGGAGUUUCUGGAAGAGGAGUUCGAGGAGGCAUCACCAGAGGGCGCGGCGGAAUCAGAGGACGGGGCGGGUUUCCAGGUCGAGGAGGACGGGGCCGUGGGCGGGGCAGAGGAGUGGGCAGGCCGGUUGUCACUCGUGAACAAUUGGACAACCAGCUGGACGCCUACAUGUCAAAGACCAAAGGCCACCUGGACGCAGAGCUGGACGCCUACAUGGCUCAGGCGGACCCCGACAGCAUGGAGUAACCGAGCCUGCACACCUGCCCGCUGCAGCUCACCUGUACUGUGUAGUGUAGACAGCAGAUGGCUGCCCAUCAGUCUGGAGAAUGUGGUCAGAGGCAGCAGCUGCUGCCCCCUGCAGACACCACAUCAUUCAGUGAACACAUCCACACACUUGGUAGACCUCUGCUGUUCCUUGUGCUGUCUUUAGUUUUUUUAUUUGGGCUUUUUUUUUAUAUAUAUAAAAUGCUGCCACCUUUUCAGCUGUGGUCCUUCCUUUACCAUCUGGUUAUCAGUUUGUUAAUUUCAGUGCAAAACAGUUAAAAGAACACAAGCAAUGUUUUAAACCAAAUACCUUUUCUCUCAAUUUGAUGAAAUGUGAGCAGAGGUCUGUGAAACAUUUGUGUUCUGGGCUAAAGUAAAAAUGUAUAUUUUAAAUCA